AUGACUAUUUACUAUUUUUAUUGUUUAAUUAUUUAUUUUUGUUCAUUUUCUUUGAUUUAUACAAUUAAUGAUGAUAAUACAUGGCCAUGGAAAAAAACUAACUAUUUAUUUCGAUCAAAUUGGUCAUCAUUAUUAAAUCCUAAUAAUAAUAAUAAUAAUAAUCAACAUCCCGUAUGGUUUAUUUUUUAUUAUUUAAAUUAUUGUGGAUAUUGCAAAAAAGCUGAACCUGGAUGGGAAGCUGUUGCUCAAUAUGCAAUUAAUUGGUCAAAAUAUAUUCAAAUUGGUGCAUAUGAUUGUGCAAGUGAAUCUUUAUCAAUCAAAGAUAUUUGUCAAGAUGAAAAAUAUCCUCAAUGGCGUAUUUAUUGUCCAUUAACAAAUACAACACAUUUAGCUUUUUCAUCUGAACAACGAACAAUUAAAACUAAACCAGAAGAUAUUUUAAUAUGGUUGUUAAAUAAAUUAAAUAAUAUUGCUGAUCAAUGUUACGGUCAACAAUGGCCAAUUAAAAAUUUAAUUGAGCCAAAAACAAAAGAUGAUUUAGAUAAAAUUAUUCCAAAAUCUGUCAAUAAAUUUCAAUUAUUCAUUUCCGAUGAUAUUCUUCUUUAUACUCUUUUUGUAUUGAAUAAUUCGAAAACUAUUCAAACCGAACCAAUUUAUCGUUUAGCAAAACAAAAUCAAAUUACAAAAGAUAUUAGUAUUAUCAAAGGAAUACGCGAAAACACUGGUCAAAUAACUCUUCAACAAAUCGAUUCUGAACAAAUUAUGAAACCUUUUGUACUUGAUAAAAAUAUAAUUUCUCAUUUUGAAACAAUCAAUAGAAAAAAUAUAGCUACAUUGAAACCGACAUUAUCUGAUAUUGAUAGUGCAACUGUUUGGAUGAUAAAUAGAGAUCUUCGUCGAGGUUUACCUGAUUUAACUGAAAAUGUUAAAAGUUGGAUUAAGACUCUUUAUACAUAUUAUCCAGGAAGUAAAACAAUGAAAAGCUUUCUAUUUAAUUUGAAUGAAUUUGUUAAAAAUUAUACGACAUUAUCACCAAAUGAAUAUCAAACUUAUAUUAAUUCAACAUCAAUUAUCAAAUUACCUCAAUUAAAAUUUGAUCAUUGUAAUGGAUCAGAUUCAAGUAAACGUGGUUAUCCAUGUACAUUAUGGGUCUUAUUUCAUAGUAUGACUGUUAAACAAGCUAUACUAGCUGAACAAAAUGCAUUACCAUCAGAUAUCAAACCAUCUGAUGUUAUUGUAUCAAUUCGAGAAUUUAUUGGUAACUUUUUUCUUUGUGAAGAAUGUGUUACACAUUUUGUUAAUAUGACAAUUAAUGCUGAAAAUGAAAUAAAGUCUCAUCGUGAAAGUAUUCUUUAUCUUUGGCGAAGUCAUAAUAUUGUGAAUAAACGACUUCGAUAUGAAGAAUAUACCAAUGAUCCGAAUUGGCCAAAAGUACCAUUUCCUACAAAAGAACAAUGUAAUCUUUGUGUUCAACAAAUAGAUGAGAAUGGUGAUGCUACAGAAUAUAAUGAAAAUGAAACGUAUAAAUUUUUAAAAGAAUUUUAUUCAUUAAAUAAUUCAAUGAGAAUUCAAACAUAUAACCUUAUUUUAUUAUUUUCAAUUGUCAUUCUUAAUAUAUUAAUAUCAAAUAAAUAA